AAUGUCAAAUGUCUAUCUUUCAGUGUCACUCCAGCAUGUUCAAUGCUCAUUGGUGAAAAGAAUUGUAGUAUUGUGGAGCAAAUUUCAAAAUAAAUCAGAAUUCAAAGAAACACGUUAUGAUACGAAUGAAUAUUUAAUAGGAUAAAUAAAAUGCAUCUUUCUCAAAUAAAGGAUUUUGUUAGCAGUGUUGCUGUAACCAUAACCAUUUUACAGUUUCUUUCUGGAAUUCUAGUUUGCAAACAAUAUGUCGUAAAUCGGACCACAGCUGAAGCUUCUCCGCUUCCAUUUAUAUGUGGCGUCAUGUCUGCCGCUCUCUGGAUAUUGUAUGGACUUACUAAACAUGACAAUAAAAUUGUGUUUGUCAAUGUAAUUGGUGUGACGCUCAUGUUUGCCUAUACAGCUGUGUUCUACAUCUUCACAUUUAAAAAGUCAUCAGUUUUGAAACAGAUUUUUGCUAUGGUUGCAUUUAUAAUAUUCACACUUGGAUAUGUUUCUGUUGAAGAUGACAAUGAACUACUUUUGGGUAGACUAGGGUUGUUAGCAUGUUCCUUCACACUGUUGACGAUAGCUUCUCCAUUGAGUAAAUUAUUUUAUGUCCUAAAAGUAAAAUGUACUGAAUGUCUUCCAUUCCCAAUGAUACUAAUGUCUUUUUUCGUGUCUGCAACAUGGUUCCUAUAUGGCUUAAUUGAAGAGGAUGUAUAUAUUACAACACCAAACUUCAUUGGAGGUACAUUGGCUGUACUUCAGCUCUCAUUAUUUUUAAUCUUCCCGAGCAAACCCCAUGGCUUGACAAAAAGUUUACUUGUGUAAGUUUUUACCUAAUAUAAUCUCAUUAUAGUAUGCCAAAUUACUGCUACUUAUCAUUAAUAGUUAAGGAUGAUACAGCAUUGUGAAUGCUAAUUAACUAUAUAUUUUUUUUAUUGGGAAGAUCUAUUAAUAAAACUUCAUUCAAUAUAAAGUAAUUUUCAAACUAUACAUUCUAUUAAUUUAUAUGUAAGAAAGAAAACAUGAAAUGUCCUAAUUUUGAUCUUUAUUCCAUGACACCAUUUUAAUUUGGCCAGAUCUUUAUUCAACUACUAUAUUUAACUCAAAUAUUUUAACUCUUUAUUUUAUUGUUAAGUUAAACUGCAUUUAGUUUCCUUAUUGUAAAUCUAACAUUGGUUGUGUUAGUAUGUUGUGAUCUCAUGAUCUUUUAAAUUUAUUGUUAUCAUCAUAUGAAACGAAAUGCUUUGUAGCUAUAAAUAUGAAAUAUUUUUUUAUUAAGUUAUCCUUAUGCAGAUGUUUUCAGAUAAUAAUUAUGUUUAAGAAGUUUCUGUUUUUUUUUAAGUUUAAAAAAAAAUUGAUUGACAUUGUUAUAUUAUUAAUAGAGAUCACUAUGAUUUACAUUUUAUGGUUGAUAGUAGUGAACUCAAAAUUCACUCUAUUCCAUAUACAGUGAAUAAAAAACAGAAAAAAAAUGUAAGUUUUAAAAACUAUAUUCCUAUUUUUUGUAGUGUAGUAGUCAAAAAUAUAUUGUGUGUGUUAAUUUUUUUUCUUCAUAUUUUCAUUCUUAUUUUUAGUAAUUUCGAUUAUAACACCGUGAAACAUUGUAUGUGUGUUUAUAUUAUGUCUUGUUUUAUAGUACAAAUUAUGAAAGGAUAGAGAUUUAAUUUAAUAAAGCCAUGGCUAAAUUUAUGCAAAUUAGGUGACAUGUGAUAUGACCUAGUAAGUAAAUUUAAUGUUACAUAUAUAUCAUUUAUGUGUGUACUAUAGUUGAAUAAAAAAUAUUAAAAAAGGUA